CACACCCCUCCCCUCGCCAUCGCCCACAAGAUCUUCUCCCUCUUCCCUUCUCUUUCAAGAUCGAUGCGUUGAAACUGUUGACUCUCAGAAGUUGGCAGUUCACACAUUCUUUCCUCCCUUCCUUCUUCUCGAUCUGUCUCUUUUGCCUCGCUCUUCACUCCAUGGAUCUCCACCGUCAGCGCCUUAACCCUUACGCCCAAGUAAACCCUCCGCCAGAGAGCGUCGAGCGGUUCCCCCAGUGGACCCACGACGAGACCAGGGAGUUAUUGGCCAUCCGUGCCCAGCUCGACCGGAGCUUCACGGAGACCAAGCGCAACAAGCCCCUGUGGGAAGCCACCUCCUCCAUGCUCCAGCAGAAGGGCUUCUUUCGGACCCCCGACCAGUGCAAGUCCAAGUGGAAGAACCUCGUCACCCGUUUCAAGGGAAUUGAGUCGGCGGAGGGAGAGAUCGGUAAGCAGUUCCCUUUCUAUGAGGAGAUGAGGAGGAUAUUCGCGGACAGGAUGGAGAGGCUGCUUGUGUUCGAGAAGGACAAGGGGAAGGGGGUGCAAGUCCGAGUCAAGGAGUGGGAGGAGGAAGCGGAGGAGGAGGAAGAGGAGGAGGAGGAGGAGGGGAAGGCGGAGGAAAGUAAGAAGAGGAGGAAGGUGACUAGGAAGAAGAACCACGAGGAGGAGGUGAAGGAUGCCCUGAGGGAGUUCAUGCGGCGGCAGUUGGAGAUGGAGGCUCGGUGGGCUGAUGCAGCGGAGGCGAGGGAGGCGGAGAGGCGAGCUAGGGAGGAGGAGUGGCGGAGGGUGAUGGAGAGCUUGCAGGAGGAGAGGAUGGAGAUGGAGAAGCGGUGGAGGGAGCGGGAGGAGGAGCGGCGAGCCAGGGAGGAGGCCCGCGCGGAGAGGCGGCACGCCCUCGUCAUGGCGCUUCUCGAUAAGCUGGCCCAGAAGUAUCUCUAGCGUUGCAGCAGCAGUGACAGAUGUUACCUGGUAAUGUAGGGCUUCUCUCUGUGUGGCAGAGUGGAAGAUGGAUGAACUGAGAAACCAAAGGUAAGUUCUCUGAUCUUUCUCCUUCUUCGAGCAUCCAAAGGCUGGAGAUUGCACAGAAAUAUAAAGCAGCCAAAGGCUUGAGUAGCUUUUGUAGAUGCUUUGCUUACCACCAAGGAUUAGUAUCAGUAGCACCUGCUAAAGUAACAGAAGCAUGCAAAUGCUUCUUCUGGCUUCUUCCACUUUGCCAUUUACUUUUCAGACUCUCACUUGCUUCAUCACCAAUAUAACUCCACCCUUUUUCUCUCAUUGCUUGUUUAUGCUAAUGCCAUGCCAAAGCUUAGAAGAGGAUGAGAAGAAAAGAAAGGAGGAGAAAAGUGAUACCUCUAAGCCUACCGCAUCACUCACUUCCCCAACACAGGAUAUCUUGCAUUUCUCAUGGAGUUGCUUAUAGUGUCAAAGAGCUAUACAAGUUCUUUUAUGCAUUACAUUAUCUUUCCUCUUUUUCAUAGUUGUCUUAAUAUUUGUAGUUACAUAUCAUGCACCCAAAAGAAAAUGUCAAGCUAAUAGGGGAGCUCAAUGAAGUAUCUAAGCUUGAGCAGAUCUACAAAAUUAAGCUACCAAGAGAUGCAGUUAGAGGCAUUCCUCAUAUUAAGGAUCUUAAGGUGGAUAAUAUAGGCAUGCCAUUUGAUUAGGUCCAAAAGACUUCCUUAGUUAUUUGGAUAAUAGAGAGGUUAGUGUGGAUGAUCUUUUCUAUGCUCUCGCUUCUUUGGUUGUCUAUCCACCAUCUUUGCAAGGAAAAUUAUGUUCAACCACCAUCGAGUUUCUGCUGACUUGUGUUCGAUGUUGUGUUCUCAUUGUUCUUUUCUUUGAGACAGUGAUAGAUGUAAACUUUGACCUAUAAUCUUCUCUUCAAUAGAUAGAUAGAGACGAUAGUAUAUAAGAAAUAUUUGCUUUCAUAAACGAUUAAAGGUCGUUUCAGAUGAAAACAAAUUGACAAAAAUGUCAACAACUAUAAUUAGUGACAUGAGAAAGAGAUUGAGAAAGAUUAAAUGAAUAAAGAUAAUAAUAAAAAAAAUAGUCAAUCACGAGAUAAAAUUGUGUUGGGGUGCAUAAAUGGCUUUGACAUAUAAUCUAGCUUUGCAAGCUGAAGCUAAGGAGAUUUAUAGCUCCUGUAGUAAACUUAUGUAGGUAAAGCACAUGAAAAGAAUGGAUCAAAAGGGCAUUCUAGAAUGACAGAGAAAAAUAUAAAUAUUACUUAGGCAGAAGAACAAAGCUGAGUCUGUUAGAAUUCUGGAAUCUUUCGUCAUUAGCGAAGAACGGGUUGUUUGAUUUUUUUCUAUGUUGUGGCAGCAUGCAUGCAAAAAAUUUCUUGAGGAAAUAUUUAUGUUUCAAAAGCUUUUUUUUUCCUGAGAAAAGGGAAAUUUUUUUCAUAUUGGUGCAUCUCAUGUUCUGAAUUCCAAUGUACUUGAUGUUAAGCAAAAGAGUUAAGAGAGAAUUAUUAUGCUAUUUCAUGAGGAUUUCAGCAAUUUGGUUUGAUAAAAGAGUUCCUUCAUGUAAUUAUACAUCAGUAAUAUUCAGUUGAAGUUUCAAUAGGGGAUGACUCUGCAAAACAGAGACUUCAAUGAAAGAUCAAACUGAUCAAAUAACUUAGUUUCAUAUUGUAUGCAAUUGUUUGGUUGUGGAGGGUACAAGCAAGAGAGAAAAACACCAAAAUAAUUUCUCUGUAGAAUAGUAAUCAGAACUGAACUUUCAUCAACCAAGUUUAGGUCAAUUCACAGAGUCUAGGUCAAUGUCGACAUUGAAAAGUAUUAAGCAGUGACUGCACAUUGAUUUAGAAUAGUUCAACUGGAUUUAUUCUACAUUAAAGGAGUAUAUACUGUAGAUUUAAGCUUACGUUCUAUUUGACUGAUUCAUUAUGGAAAGAAUGAUGUAACAAGUCCCUGCUGUUCUGUAAUGGUGUUUUCUAGAUUCAUGGAAGGACCUUUAGGUUUCCCACUGUCUCAUUGACAUUGAUUUGGUAAAGGAAUUCAGAGAUGGAAUGUGUAGAACUGGAGCUACAAGAAUUAACACAAAGAACAUGAUUUGGUGGCUAUAUGGACUGCCUAAACUUGCCUUGAAGUGUUGAUUUCAAUGGUUUCAUCAUCUCUGUCAAUGUAGUUAAUGGAAACAAUGAUUUCAAGAGCAAGGGAAGGCUCAUGGUCAACAAUUAGAGUUUAGACAAUCAUGCCUUCUGUGUUGAGGUCAUUAUACUGUCACCUGCUCAACAGAAGCCACCAGCACAUCUCAGGAUUAGCAAAUUGACCAAAUGUGUCUGUACACUGGUGAACAGUUUUGACUCAGAAAACCAAAGCAUGGUAAAAGAUGUUUUGGGAAUCAUUCAUAAUGAUCUCAACCUCAUUCAUUAUGAUAGAUUUUGAGAACUAAAUAUAAUAUUAUACUUUUAUGUGUAGAAAGUUUACUAGCCAUUUAUUUUAGAGCUCACAACAAAUGGGCUCUGCUUUUUUCCCCCUUUAAUGAAUUGAUCUGCGCAACAUUUCAACUAUUUUAGAACAAAACAGAAGAAGAAAAAAUGUUUUGAUUUGACCAUCUUGAUCAUUGUUAGAUUCAGAGGAGUUUGGCUUGCUUCAUCGAAAACAUUGCAACCAAUUUGCCUAAUUUCUAGUGCUCCAAACAUGGUACUCUUUAAUGAACUUUGUCACUUUGCAGGCUUAAUGUACUCAGCACAGUAGAAGCUUGAAUCCUCAGGCAGCAUGAUGAGGUAUUUGAAGGAUUGAAGUCCUCCUCCUUUCCACAAAUUAAUCUGAAAGAUUCAAGAGCCAGAGUCAUUCUGCAGCAACAGAAGGAACCCAAUUGGCCUUUUGACACUUUUGAGGAUGAUUUGGCUGACAAUUAUGAUGCAGUGCAGGAUACUGAAUUCAAGAUUGCAUAUUCUGGCUGGAUUUCAAAGUGCCCACAGACUAGAAAAAAAGGCUGGAGUUUUGUUCAGCCGCAUAAGCCAUUCAAUGAUUUUAUUCAGGAUUGUGGAUCCCAAAGGACAGAACCUGUUCUUUGCAAUCUUCAAGUACUUCUUUUGAGGAACCUUAAAUAAUGCAUGCUUCAGGUGUCAGAUCACAUGCUGCACAUUGUGUAUGAAAGCAUCAUUAAACUCAUCUAUGGAAGACAAUUGAGGAAUACAUCUUCAGAACAGAAAACAAGAACAAUAAGUUGGGUUGUUCGACCA